UCUAUUAUUUACUUAUUUAUCAACGUAACUAUUCUCACAGCUCCAAGGUGAAUUAGAUUAUCGGCACCUCACGGAAAGUUAGACGAGAGAUAACCACUACCACCACCUCCCAUAAAAAUGGCUCCUUCAAACGAUGGCGACAAAACUAUCGCUCAGUUGGACAGUGAGGCCAUUGAAAAAUUCAAUAAAAAGUUGAAGGAGAGCUUUGACAGGGAGGCUAAGAUGCAGCGCCAUCACCUCUGGAGAGGCAACAAGAUAGUCCCCUUCAACAUCGAGCACAUGCCCUUUCCCAGGCAGAGGUUGGCAGAACCGAUGACGGCCGAGGACAGGUUCCUGAGGAAACAGUGGCUCGCCGAUCAGGUGCUCUCCCCCAACGAACCUCGUUUCAUCCCGGAAUUGUACCCCAGGAAUGCGUUCAGGAGAUUUUUCGGCAAGCCUUGGGAUGUCUUCUUUGAUGUCUUGAAACCUAUAAUUGGUGAGAGUAGGGCUUUCACUGGAAGAUUUUUUGUUCCAAAGUUUGCCAUUGCAAUAGGUAUAGGGUAUGGUAUUUAUUACCAUAUGAAGUACAACUAUAAUACUUGGGAGAACAGGCAUGGCUGGAAUAUAUACGGUUCAAAGCCACCCGUUUAUAAUUUACAGGAUAGUAUCUCAGAUAAGGAAGGUGAUGACUUCUACGACAGAGGUUUUAAAAAUCGUUCGGUUCUCAGAAAUUAAAAAGUUAGAGUCCUCCUAUUCGAGUUUAUAAGUCGGGAAAUUAAAAUAUAUCGAUGCUGCUUAAUUGGGGAUUUAAUCAAAUAAAUUGUUAAAUAAAUGAACCAAGUGAUUGGAUGAAUGAAUGAUUGAAUGUAUGAAUCAAUGAAUGAUUAGACAAAUAAGUCAUCAAUUUAAUUUAUUAACUAUUUGAUUUAGACUAUGGAAAUUUGUUAUGAUUUCAUCCAUAGUUAAU